AUGUUGUAUGAAUAUUCAAAGAUAUCGAAAUUAUUGACGAUUGAUCAAUUAAAGUAUAGUAUUAGAGGUGUUCCUAAACAACCGGUGUUGAUGUUACAUGGACUCUUUGGAUUUAAAGAGUUGGGCAGGUUCAUUUACUAUCAUAAUAUUGUUGAUCCUCUGACUGCUGUCGGUACUAAAGUGGUCGCUACACGUGUUCAUCCUACCGACUCGAUUGCCAACCGAGCCAAAGACAUACAGUUACAAGUGGAUGCUGCACUCAAACAAUACAACACUGACAAAGUUCAUCUGGUGGCGCAUAGCAUGGGUGGAUUGGAUGCACGAUAUCUCAUCAAUAAACUAGAUUAUAAAGGUUCAAUACUUUCAUUGACAACAUUGUCUACACCACAUAGAGGUAGUUAUAUUGCUGAUUGGACAACAUUGAAUAUCAUACAAAAAUUGCGAAUUGAGAAGUUGUUCAAGUCGAUUGGUAUACCUUUCGAAGCGAUCGAUAAUCUAUCACCUCAUUUUUUGAAGGAGGUGUUCAAUCCUGAGGUGUUGGACGUGCCACAUGUACAGUACGAAAGUUAUGGCGCAACCAAGUAUUUCAACUACCCACUCAACUAUCUCUACUAUUUCGGAAGACUUCUCGACGCAGCCGAAGGACCGAACGACGGUUUGGUCAGUUUGAAAUCUGCAGAGUGGGGAUCGCAAUUCAACGUCCUCGACGAGUGCGAUCAUCUCAACCUUAUCAAUUGGAGUAGAGGCUACGAUGUCAUGCCAGUCUAUACAAACAUACUCAAUAAUAUAACAAUGGAUAGAAAUAAUAGUGAUUUUACUAUGGAUGUUAGUUCAAGUGAUUCUCAUGCAGAAUCUAACGAUUUCAAUGUAAACUACCCUGAUCUCAUAAGAAUCGUUAAUAAAUACUUGGUUGUUGACCGUCAAACUACUUAUUCAAAAGGAAUUUCAAAUAGAUUGAUCGAUCUAUUCCCAGGAUCAAACAAAAUGUCAAAUAAAGCAAGAGCAAUUUAUUUGACAAACUAUAAUAUAUUUAGGAAAGCAUUCGAUGUAAAUAUACCUCUUGCCUACAAAGGAUUAGCGUCUUUAGAGACAUUCCUGAAUGCUCGUAAAUCCACUCCAACAUCCAUACCCGUUAAUAGUGCUACUACUGCACCGGUGUCACCAACUAACUUGCAAAAUCCAUCGAGUGAUGACAACCAACAACAUAGAAAGAAGCGUACUAAAAUCGAUUUGGAAGAUGUCGUUUGUGUAAUCUGCAGAAUUACUUACUCGCCAGAGUGGAGGCUGGAUCGCUUUGGUAAUCGUGUUUGCAACCGCUGUGGCUUACGAGAUAGGAACGAAAUAAAGGCAGAGGAAGAGAGUAAGAAAAAACAUAGUUUGGAAAAUAUAAUAAACGGCGGCGGCGGCGGUGAUCAACCAUCUUCCUCUUCUUCCUCUUCUUCUUCUCCAAGCUUCGCUACCGAGCCGUUGUGGGUGUCUACUACUACUAAUACUACAACUACUUCUCCAAAUAUGAAUCAACAAACAUCUUGGCAAAUAGUCACCGGUAGUACAACACCUCCUUUCUUUAACGCUGCUACAACACCAUCAUGGUCGUCCUCUCCUUCAUUACUUGCCUACUAUCAACCUACAACUCCAAUAGACAGUCGUACUGAACUAUAUAAUACAAUUGUUAAUUAUAUGAAUGGUAGUAAUAACAAUUAUUCUAACAACAACAAUAAUAAUAACUACAAUAAUAAUAACUUCUAUAAUAACAACUACAUUAACUAUAAUAACAAUAACAAAAACAUUCAACAACAACAACAACAAGUUUAUAUCAAUCAACAAAACUUAUCAUCACAUACAAACAACAACAACAAACACAGCUUAAAUACAAUUUUAAACAACAACAACAACAAUAACAACAACAACAAUAACAACAACAACAAUAACAACAACAAUAACAACAACAACUACAAUGAUCAAUAUUACAAAAAUGAUUAUAACUUUUAUUUUUCAAAUAUAUUUUAUAAUGAACAACACAGUCAAAGAGUACCAAACCUCUAUUAA